GUAAGUCGUUGAUUCUUUUUGUGGAAGCAGCCCUCUAAAGUUCUUAGUUCUAUUAGACCACUAUGAAAUACGCAAUGGCUACAGGGCUCAUAUUUUUCGUUCUCACAUUGAAAGUGGUGCUCUCCGAAAAUAUUGCACCUAAACUUAAGCAGAGUGAUAUACGAGCCGUUGGGUUAGUACCUUUUCCAAGAGUAGGGCGUAGUCCAAGUUACAUCCCUGCCAUGAUGAUUAUGAAAGUUCCACGUGUUGGUCGAUCUUUUAUACCUAAAGCUUAUAUGGUACCUGAGCCUGAAUGGGAUGCUAAUAUCGUGUUUGAAAACAAUCAUGAAUUGCAAGUGAAAAAAAUGGGAAUUGAAUAUCAAGUUCAAAGUGAAGUCGAUGAAGCAGUUAAAGAAUUGCAAAUGCUACAACAAAUUGGGAUAUCAGUUCCUGCUUUUGAUGAUAAACUCUCGAGGCCGAAUUACAUGCAUGGUUUGGACUACUACAGACCCUGGAAUUUCUUUUAUUCACAUCAAGGUUCUGCUAAUUAAGAAAAUACGUGGCUGAAGCGCAGUAACUAAACUAUCGUUUAAAUCUACACAAUUGUCAUGAAUAAAUGCCUAAAUUAUUUGUGCAGACAUUAUUUGUUAGAAUCGUUAGUGCGACUGUUAUAAGAUUGAAUGGACAUUUGAUUGAAUUUAUGUAGGGAAUCAAUGAACAAACAUUUUUAAUGAUGUUCUGAGCACGAAUAAUUUUUUUUCAUU